UAAUGGGUAUUACGCCUUGGCAAUAUGACUGGCCUUCUAAUGUUUUCACAAUCAAGACGUUGGUUAAGCUAACAUUAAGAAUAGACGUUGGUCCAAAUGCAAUGUCAUAUUGUCCAAAAGUAGUUCUUCCAGUUCUAAAGAGUCUCUUUCUCCAUGCAGUUUGGUAUACAUGCCAUAGAUUGUGCUAUUCGAUGCUUCCUGGUUGUCCAAUACUUGAGGAAUUAUCCAUACAUCACUUACGCGGUAACCGAGAUGCUAACAAUCCGCCAUUCUCUAUAUCCCACAAAAACCUCAAGAGACUCACAGUGCACUUCAAUAACAGUUUUGACGUUGGGCGCCUAACGCAAUUCGACACACCAAGUCUUCUUUACCUUGAAUACUCUGGUUUCGCUCCUUGUCCCUAUUCAAGGACCAGUUACUUGAAUUCCCUUGUUGAGGCCAAACUAGAUGUUCAUAUAAAACAUGGAUGUUAUGUUCACAUGCAUCUAGCUACAAUCAUUGAUUGGAUAUGCAACGUUAAGACCCUUUCCUUGUCUCCUGCUUCUGUUAAGACGAUGUAUUCAAGAUGUGUGGAAUUACCUGUCUUAUCAAACCUUGUUAAGGUUUAUUUUGAAAGUAAUACGAAAGAAGGUUGGGAAGUGCUUCCCCGUCUGCUUAACAAAUCUUCAAAGCUAGAAACGUUGGUCCUCAAGGGCUUGCAUUAUGCAAGUGAUCACGGAGUUUGCAUUGAUCGAAAUGAAGUGAAGGUGUUGGAGAUAUAUGGGUUUAGCGGACGUGGUAGAGAAGUGAGACAAGUGAAGUGCUUAUUGCGGGAAAUGCAGUUUCUUCAAGUGAUGAGAGUGGAAAUUGAUGCUGAUGAUAACAAGAAACUGCGAGUCAUCAAUCACCUUCUUGAUCUUCCUAAACGUCCAUCUAAAUUCCAAAUCCAGUUCUUGUGAGAUUCACCUUCCCUCAGUUUUGAUUUGGGUUAACAGUUUCUCGGAUUUUAAAAAUUAGGAGAAAUGGUAACCAAACUACCUCACUUUUUCUGGUCAGUUUUGCUCUUGGUUCGUAUUCUGGCUUUAGUUUUAUGAAAAGUAAGUUUGUACUAGCUAUAGAUUAAGGGUCAGUUUGAUAGUAGUUUUAAGACAAUAAAUUCCAU